GUCACCUUUCUUCUUCCUGCAGAACAACGCCUCAUUCUACUCUGAAGCCAGCACCAUGGCAUUAAUGCUUGUGCUGUUCUUCUUGGCUGCUGUACUGCCCCCAUCCCUUCUUCAAGAUAGCUCUCAGGAAAAUCGUCUUGAGAAACUUUCAACCACUAAAAUGUCAGUCCAAGAAGAGAUUGUAAGCAAGCACAACCAAUUGAGACGAAUGGUUUCUCCAUCUGGCAGUGACUUACUAAAAAUGGAAUGGAACUAUGAUGCUCAAGUGAAUGCUCAGCAAUGGGCAGACAAGUGUACAUUCAGUCACAGUCCUAUAGAACUCAGGACAACUAAUUUAAGAUGUGGGGAGAAUUUGUUCAUGUCAUCUUACCUUGCAUCAUGGUCUUCUGCAAUCCAAGGAUGGUAUAAUGAAUACAAAGAUCUUACAUAUGAUGUUGGCCCAAAGCAACCUGAUAGUGUGGUUGGACAUUAUACUCAGGUUGUUUGGAACUCAACUUUCCAAGUUGCAUGUGGAGUUGCUGAAUGCCCUAAAAAUCCACUGAGAUACUAUUAUGUUUGUCACUAUUGUCCUGUUGGCAAUUAUCAAGGAAGGCUAUACACACCUUACACUGCAGGAGAACCGUGUGCCAGUUGUCCUGAUCACUGUGAAGAUGGGCUAUGCACCAAUAGUUGUGGACAUGAAGAUAAGUAUACUAACUGUAAAUAUCUGAAGAAGAUGCUAUCCUGUGAACAUGAACUUCUUAAAAAAGGUUGCAAAGCUACAUGCCUCUGUGAAGGCAAAAUUCACUAAAUUUCCUGUACUCGUAGCCAGGACCAUGUAGAGAAAGCUCAUACUCUCUAGUUAGGCUUAUCACAUCCCACCAAGAAAGUAUAGAUUUAGGACAUUGAAAUAAUUCCAGAUAGUAAAGAUUCUGUUUCUUCUUCUAUUUCUUUCUAUUUUACAGAAAUCAUUUACCCCAAAUAUUUUAAAAUAACAAAUUUGAUAAUACCUUUGUACCUUGACAUAUGAAAUCUGUGACACAUUUUCGGAGUCAAGUCUAGCCCAUGAUUAUACAUUGUCUGUAUGACUAAAGUCACUAAAACUCAUAUGACUAAUGUUCCAAGAGCACAAUGAAGUAAAGGAAUAGAAAACAUAUAGUUCCUGUAUAAUGGUCAGUCAUCUUUUCUAGCUCUACCUAGUUUACUCUCUCUGGAGAAAAUCACAUUAAUCGUCUUUUAUUUUCUUUCUCACUAUUCCUUAUUCUUCAAAUUCAUCAUAAUCAGUGGUUUAAAUUCUAAACUACUAUUUACAUUUUAGUUUUUUUAAAGAAUGAUAUAAAAUGUACCUUAACGAGCAGAAUUUAUAGUUUGCUUGUUCAGGGGACAAUGACCUUUGUUGCUUUAGAAAAAUAAUAAAUCUUAAUCUUGGCAUGUUAA